AUGAAGUUUGUGCUGGAUGGUCACCACCCGACCACCGGGGGUCACGACCUGCCGGCCGGCAGCCAGGACGGAUCGUACGUGUGUCGAAAAAGGUGCCGACCGCGCGACGCCGCGUGCCUGCGCAGUCGCACCGCCACCUAUAGCUUCCAGCAGGUGGCGCUGGCCUCGGUGCGCGCGCUGUCGCGCCCGCGGCCGCUGACCACGCUCGGAGCGCUGGGGGCGCACGACCGCAGCUUUAGAACACACUUCCGGCUGGUGUCCGGCAACGAGCAGCACUACCUGGAGCUGAGAGAAGGACUGUUGGGCCCCCGGACAGCGACCCUGGUGCUGGUGCGACCAAUCUCGGGGCCGCACACGCUGCGGCUUCAGCUGACCAUGAUCGUGUCACGCCACGGCCAGCUGCACACCGAGCACCGAGCCAUUGUGGAGGUGGACGUCGGACCGUACACCUACUGAGGACCGCACACUUCUGAGGACCGUACACCUACUGAGGACCGUACACCUACUGAGGACCGUACACGUACUCGUAUUGAGGACCGCACACCUACUGAGGACCGCACACCUACUGAGGACCGUACACCUACUAUGUGGACAUGCAAGACUGCAUGAAUGCCAGAUGGGUGAGGCGUGACUGUUCCAUACAGUGGCACGAAGGUAGAGGAUAUCUUCGGCCGACACGUAGUAUAGUAAACGACUGUGCAUGAUCGGCUUAGAAUGAGGUCUAAAGAAACCUGCUCAGUGCUCACCUCAUCGAACGUUAGCCCUGCGUGAUAUCCAGACUGGGGCUUUGAUUCUGUCUUGCGCUAUCUAUGUAGACCCCAAAAGAGCAAGAAACACAAAAGUAAUUUAUGAGUGGGUUAGGUAGACUCGCGAACUCUUUGUGGUCUAAAUUUGGUUACCCUAGAACGAUGCCUUCAAGGUCAAAUGAUAUCAUCAAUGUGAAAUUUUCGAACUUAAAGUGACCAUCCCACCUCAACAUAAGUUUUGAGUUGAGAUAGCCAAAAUGGGGUCCCUGGCUUGCACUUACCAGAUUCCAAUCCUCAAUCUCAAUUCCAAUCUCAAUUCCUCAAAUCGAAAAUAUUUAUCCCGCGCCGCUUCACAAAUCCGAUCACAUCCUAUCCGCCAACGAUCGGGGAGAGCUGUCACUCAUCUGCCUGCUGGACUUGAGCAAAUGUUUUGAUGUGAUAGACCACGACAAAUUACUCACAAAAUUGCAGCUGUACGGAAUUGAUAUCAGUUGGUUUGCUUCUUAUCCUCGGAACCACACACAGAGUGUCAGCCUCACUGACACUCUGGGGAACACCAAAAAAUCAGCUCCACUUCCCAACAACAUCGGUGUUUUCCAAGGAUCCUGUCUCGGCCCUCUGCUCUACUGCGUCUUCGCCAACGACCUCAGUCUGUUCGCCGAGGACGCAGUAGUAGUACAGUACGCUGAUGACACCCAAAUUUUGGUUAGUGGCAAAAGUACAGAGUUCUCUAACGUAAUACAGAAGAUGGAAAUCACAUUGGCCUCACUUGACAGAUGGUUUCGUACAAACGGCUUGAAAGUAAACGCUAAAAAAACUCAACUGAUGUUACUGGGAAGCAGCCAAAAUUUGCGCAAUGCCCCAAGUUUUAUGGUAAAAUUCCGCGAUCACAACAUUUCACCUAUUUCGGAAGCAAAGAACCUCGGCCUCGUGUUUGAUCGCACGCUGAGUUGGGACACUCAUGUUGCAUCAGUCAUACGACGCUGUUUCGGCAUACUCAGUGGUCUGUCACAUCUAAGGAGCCGCCUGCCAUCGUCCGUCCUUUCCGUGCUGGUCAACGCUCUGGUCCUCUCGCAGGUCCGUUACUGUAUCACGGUGUAUGGCAACGGCUCAAAGAAGAACCUUGCCAAAAUUCAGAAAGUUCUAAAUUAUGGGGCAAAAAUGAUUUUCGGCCGCAAAAAGCAUGAUCAUGUAUCGCACCUGCUUGAGGAGCUGGGUUGGCUCAGCGCGGAGAAGCUGGCAUCUUAACACACUCUCUGUCUCGUACACAAUUGGUGCGCAAUCACGGCGAGCCCCAAGCUUUAGCCGAGGGCUUUGUUACUGUGGCAAACAGGCGCGAAGCCUUGGGGACACUGACCAGGACGACUCGCCAGGACUGCGACCUCUAUGUGCCCCGGUCACGUACCGAAAUGGGGAAGAGGCGCUUCUGUUGUCGCGGUCCUGCUCUCUUCAACUCACUACCAUCGAUACUCACUGAGCUACCUGUGACCGUGUUCCCUCACCACCUCAAACGUUACCUAUCUGAACCACCGGACUAAUGUUUACUUUUAUACCAUACUGUGACGUUUUAUCGAUUUGACCCAUUCACCUGUGUGCGUGUAUGUUCCACCCCAUACUUUUUAUGACUUUGUAUCUUGGACGAGAGGUGGUAAUAGCCACAAGCACUGUGGAUCGCCUUAAUAAAUGUCUAUGUCUAUG